AUGGCGUCGUUCUCGGAGGCUCCCCACGGGAACCCCAAGGCGGGCGAGAAGAUCUUCAAGACCAAGUGCGCGCAGUGCCACACGGUCGAGAAGGGCGCCGGCCACAAGCAAGAUUAUGAUAGAAUUGAUCAGGAAGCUGAUGAAUGGAGGGCUAAGCAAAUAGCCAAGGAUAUUGCAAAGCGGAAGGUGGAAAGCAUGCAGCAGAUUGCUAGAAAGAAAGCAAAUGAGGAAAGAAAGCGUCUAGAAUCUGAGCUGGAGCUUGCCCUAAUGGUCGAGAAACUCCAGGAGCUUCGGUCUAUAAGAGUUCAAAAAAUGAAGAAACAAGGUCAUUUUCUUCCUGAAGAGGAUGAUAAAUACCUCGAGCGUGUUAAGGCUGCAGUCGAGGAAGAGGAGCGCCAAGCUGCAUCUGCUGCUCGAACUGAUGCUGUUAAGGAUGCUAUUCUGACUGCUGAGGAAUCAAGGAAGCCUCCACAGAAUGCCAAUUCUCAAGAAGGUGGUUCUGAACAACCUAGUGGACCAUCUGAAGACAGGGACCUGGGAGAUGGCGGGAUAAAUGAGAGAAAUGACCAGGCAAAGCCAGAAAACUGA